AUGAAGAAUGAUAGUGGCAAAGAUCGACCUGUGCUGAAAUUGGAGGUGGCGGCUGAGGAUUUCGUCGACCGCAGGAAUUACAUCCAGCUGGCUUCGAAGGCAGCAAAGAAGCAGGUGAAGGAAUUUCGGAAAGUCAUGGGUCCUCCCAGCUUCGGAGAAGCUCGAAGUGAGUUGUGA